AUGGGAUUAAAUGAUGUAAAUAAUAUGUCUGAAACAACAUAAUGGAUUUACAAAGGCAAAGAAAUUUUAAAGCCCGUGUUCGAAACUUAACUAGUGGGAAUGUCACGUGCUGUGAUAGGUUUACCAAUGGAUCAUAUUUUUGAUCGCUUUAAGACUCUAAUCCAAGCAUAAUAGAAUAAUAGUUUCAGAUAGUUGUUUCUCGAGAGUUAUAGAAGGAAUGGGAUCUUUCGUGGCAUAUUUGCUGGGUUCUCUUCGCAAAUGACUAUUUAAAUAUUUAAAUAGUAUUAUAGAUGGCCAAUGAUGAUCUUCAUACCUAAAUUUUUUAAAGAGUAAUUACCUCAACCAAUUAUGGACAGAGUUCCAACUUUGCAUAAAGCUUUAACUGGAGUAACAAUUGCAUUGUUUGAAUCCUUCAUAACAUGCCCAUUUGAAAGAGUGAAAUGUUAAUUGAUGACUCAAACCGAAUCAAAAUCUGUUCUCAAGUAUAUGUGGUAGCAUGAUGGAGGUUUGAAGGGAUUCACUCGAGAUCUAUUCACAGGGAUGGAAAUAAUGAUGCUGAAAUAAGUUGUUUCUUGGACAAAUUAUUUAUAUUGGGAUCAUAAGGUUAGAUAUUAUUUUAAACAACAUCCUUAAUCCCAACUGAGAAUUGAACAAAUUGUAUUUUGCUCUGUUCUGACUGCUAUUCCAAACAUUUUAAUAGUACAACCUUUCGAUUCAAUAAAAACCUAAUUUUAGAUGGAAAACAAUCAGUAAUUUAAAAAUCUCACUAUUUGGAAUGCAUUUAAAAAAGUCUAUCAAGAGAAAGGCAUAUCUGGCUUUUAUGCUGGUUGGCAAAUGAGAUUUUGCUAAUUCUUAUUUUAAGCCCUACUUACAACUCCCAUAAUGGAUUACCUAGAGAGGUAACAUGGAUUACCCUUAGAAACUUUGUGA